UAGGACGGUUUAGGCGACAUUUGAUAUUGUGAACUCAAUCCUAGAGAAAUGCAAAACCCACCUUAUAAACUAUAUUCCUGCCAUGACUGCAACAUUGUUGCUGCUCAAGCUAGCUCUAUCUUACCUCUUCUUGUUACUUUAGGUGAAGAUGGUAAGAUUUUCGUGUAUGAUUUUAAAGCUAAAAUGUUGCUACUGCAAGAGGAGUUUGAUAAAGCGGGCACUGGUAUCAUAAGGUUCAGUGGACGAAUAUCGUUAUCGGAAUCGUCCGAGUCGAGCUCGGUGGAUGAAUCCUCCAGCGGAGGGGAAGAAGACACCAAAAGUAUUGACCUCAUCGAUAAGACGGCCAUACGUUAUAUAUGUUACUUGUAA